CAUUUUAGCCGCAAAGAUGUUUCGAAUGAGGAGUCUCCAAACCGUUAUCCUCAUCGCAGAGACCUCCCAAAGCUACUGUAAGAUAACACGGGAGGCGCAUUCUGUCACUUCAUUGAGAGGGAGACAUGCACAGGAGGAGUGACGUCGGCGGUGAAGUGAAGGGGUGGUCGCUCGGGCUAUAAGAGAGCAGCGCGCCGCUUCGCUCCCAGUUCCGAGCGCUUCUGAGGCAGGGCGAGUAUGGAUAUUCUUCGGACUAUUGCCUAUCAACCUGGGAAUAAUAAUAACAAGAUGUGCGAACACUCACAUAAUAAAUCUUCCGAGACUAGACGUGCAAAAUUGGAGGACAGUUCGCACGCAGCGCAGGAAAUGUCACGGAUCAUAUCGGAUUCCACGACGGGAAAAUGCUAUUGUAGAGGGAAAGUUCUUGGCAAGGGUGGUUUUGCGAAAUGUUACGAAUUUACAGAUCUGGGCUCAGGCAAAGUGUAUGCUGUAAAAAUAAUUCCACACACGCGUGUCUCCAAACCUCACCAAAGGGAAAAGAUCGACAGAGAAAUCGAACUGCACAGAGCCCUUCACCACAAACACAUUGUCCAGUUCUACCACCAUUUUGAGGACAAAGACAACAUCUACAUCCUUCUCGAGUACUGCAGUAGACGAUCGCUGGCACACAUUCUGAAAGCCCGCAAGGUUCUCACAGAGCCAGAGGUUCGGUACUACCUGAGACAGGUCGUUUCAGGCCUGAAGUAUCUCCAUGACCAGGAGAUCCUCCACAGAGACCUUAAAUUAGGUAAUUUCUUUAUUAAUGAAGUGAUGGACCUGAAGAUCGGAGACUUUGGCCUGGCAGCUAAACUAGAACCUGUUGAAAACCGGAGAAGGACGAUAUGUGGGACUCCUAACUACCUGUCUCCCGAAGUCCUCAACAAGCAGGGUCACGGCUGCGAAUCUGACGUCUGGGCCCUCGGCUGCGUCAUGUACACCAUGCUGUUGGGAAGGCCUCCGUUUGAAACCACCAAUCUGAAGGAAACGUACCGGUGCAUACGGGAGGCGCGCUACUCCAUGCCUUCCACGCUGUCUCCGCAGGCCAAACAUCUGAUCAGCACCAUGCUGGCCAAGACCCCCGAGGAGCGGCCCAGGUUGGACGACAUCCUACGCCACGACUUCUUCAGCCAGGGCUUCACUCCGGACAGACUGUCUGCCAGCUGCUGUCACAUGGCCCCAGACCUCCAGCACACCAGUCCUGCUAAAAGCUUCUUCAAGAAAGCUGCUGCCGCUCUGUUUGGUGGCAAGAAGGAUAGAGCCAAGUACUUUGAAACAUUGAACAAACUGACGAAAGAGGAAGAGGAUAUCCACAGACUGCGCCAAGACCUUAGGAAGGCCUCCAUCAGCAAUCUGCCCUGCAGGCAAGCUACUGAGGACGGCAGGCCACCAGUGGCACCUCCCGCAAGGCCUGUAGCCCCCAGCAAGGACGGGGCCAACAAACAACAGAUCCGCGACACAAUCCGUAUGAUCGUGCGAGGGACACUAGGGAGCUGCAGCAGCAGCAGUGAAUGCUUGGAGGACAGCACCAUGGGAAGUGUUGCAGACACUGUGACCAGAGUGCUUCGUGGUUGUUUAGAGAACAUGCCAGAAGCUAAUGACAUUCCAAAAGAGGGCCUGAACUGCAGCUUCCAGUGGGUGACUAAAUGGGUGGACUAUUCCAACAAGUACGGUUUCGGCUACCAGCUUUCAGACCACACAGUCGGCGUUCUUUUCAACAACGGCACUCACAUGAGCCUGCUGUCAGACAAAAAGUCGGUGCAUUACUACGCAGAACUGGGCCAGUGCAUGGUCUUCUCCACCUGUGAGGCCCCAGAGCAGUUCGUCAGCCAGGUCACCAUCCUGAAAUACUUCGCUCAUUACAUGGAGGAGAACCUCAUGGAUGGUGGAGAUCUCCCCAACGUGACAGAUGUCAGCAAACCCAGGCUGUAUCUUCUGCAGUGGCUCAAGUCAGACCGAGCGCUCAUGAUGCUCUUCAAUGAUGGCACGUUCCAGGUGAACUUCUACCACGACCACACCAAGAUCAUCGUGUGCAGCCAGGGUGAGGAGUACCUGCUGACGUACAUCAACGAGGAGAGGGUGUCCACGGCCGUCCGCCUCAGCGAGCUGUUACGUCGUGGCUCCUCUCCCGACCUGCGCAGCCGCAUGGAGUACGCCCUGAACAUGCUGCUACAGCGAUGCGGCUGAACGGGAGCCAUGCCCCCGGUCAGGUUGGGGCAGAACUUGGUGUACCUCCAUCCAGAGGGAAUGAAGUUGGUGCCAAACCUGCAUGACUGCGGUGAAGGGUUUGAGGCACAAACUCUGGUCCUCUCUAAGGAACCGGGAGGCCGUGGACAUGCGAGCUCUAGAGAGCUAGGCAGAACCAGACGACGCCGCUCACUGCACCUGUAGUAUAAAUGACACAUUAGGGUUUGUUUUUGGUUUUGGUUUUUUUAUGCAGUGAUCUUGCUAUGCUGAAGCUUAACUGGGAUGUUGGCGUUUGUUGAGCCCGUGCGUAUGGCUUCAGCUGGGCAGGGUGAUGUUGUGUAGCUCUCUGUAGAGCAAACCACUGUAAAACUGUGAAUACAUUCCACUACAGGAAGUAGGUUCCAUGCUGAAGUCUCCUUCAACCAGUGCCCGAGGUCUGUCUGGGUGGCCACAAUCCCAACUCUACAAUCACUGGGGGCGGGGGGGGGGGGUGAUCUCCUGGACCACUUCUCUGACGAUUACUGGAAAGACAUAACAUUAGCAUGCCAUUAUUGUAACUUAUUAUUUUACAGGACCCAGUAUUUAUUUAUUUAAUAAAGAUAACCUUAAAAUGA